AUGGGCCGCUCCCUCGUGUCUGCUGCUGCGCUGGCAGCUAUCACUCUGCUCUCCGUAGUCCGCGCCGACAUUCCAACCUGCGGGCCUAACAAUCCGUGCCCGGCCAGUUCCCCGUGCUGCUCCCAGUACGGUCAGUGCGGCGUUGGUGCAUACUGCCUCGGCGGCUGCGACCCGCUGUUCUCGCACACGCUCGACUCCUGCGUGCCCGCCCCGGUGUGCGAUUCCAGCAAGUUCAAAAUCGACGGGCUCAGCGGCGUCACUGAUAUCGCCAAGUACCUGGGCGAUGCGAGCAAGACCAAUUGGGUCUCGACGGGCAAACCGCUCGAGUACAAUGGCGGCGUCCUGCUCACCAUGGCCCAGGACACGGUCGGCACCCUGCUGGCCAGCUCCCACUACGUGUGGUACGGCAAAAUCACUGCCAAGAUGACCACCUCGCAGGGCAAGGGCGUUGUCACUGCGUUCAUCAUGAUGAGUGACGUAAGGGACGAGAUUGACUUCGAGUUCGUCGGUACCGACAUCAAUACCGCUCAGAGCAAUUUUUACAGUCAGGGAGUAACCAACUACAACAAUGGCGAGAACCUCAAGAUGUCUAGCGACACUGUCAACCAGGAGCACGAAUACGUCAUUGACUGGCAACCCGACACGCUGACCUGGUCCAUUGACGGCAAGACCAUGCGCACUCUCAACCGCAAGGACACCUGGAAUGCCACUUCCAACCGCUUCGACUACCCGCAGACUCCUUCUCGUGUCAUGCUCUCGCUCUGGCCUGCUGGUCUUCCUUCCAACGGCGAGGGUACCAUCGAGUGGGCUGGCGGUCUUGUCGAUUGGAGCAGCCAGUACAUGCAGAACGGCUACUACUAUGCUCACUUCUCGUCCAUCGAGGUUGAAUGCUACGACCCGCCGUCUGGCGCCACCAAGGACGGCUCCAAGACGUACAUCUAUGACAACGAGGCCGGCACCAACGACACGGUUGUCAUCUCGGAUAAGCAGGUGAUCCUUGGCUCCCUCCAGGCUACCGGUGAGGAUCCCGACAAAGGCAAGGCUUCGAGCUCCUCCUCCGCCGGCGGCUCUACCAAGACCAGCUCCGCCUCUUCCGCUUCCAGCACCGCCGCCGAGCCCGAGUCCGUCCCCGGCGUGAGCGGCGGCGGUAACCGCGGCGACACUGGCAGCACUUCGAGCUCCGAUAGCUCGGACAGCUCCGGUUCCGAUGGCUCCUCCACCAGCGAUGGCAGCGACAGCUCCAGCUCGUCCAGCUCUUCUAGCUCCCAGACCUUCAGCCAGGGCGGCGACGACUCCAACAGCAGCAGUGACGCCCCGGCCGGCCUCCAUGGUGUUGGUGCCAGCGUCAUUGCAUUUGUUGCCGCUUUUGCCAGUCUGCUGAUUUUGUAG